CUUUGUGGCUUGGCUGUACGUGCUUCAGAGCUGCCUCACCAAUAGAUGUGGCACUUGAAACAGGAAGGCCAAGAUGAAUAUAGAACCAGGGAAGCAAAUUUCCGCAUCGAGAGUGGGGGUGCCGCCGUGUCAGAGCAAGCCCGUGUCUGUUAGGAUCUGCUUCCAGACUCAGAGGAGAGGGGCGAAUCACAAGCGACAGCUUCUGUUCACUGGGCCAGCGACUUAGGUGCUCCUUCCCCUUAAAUGAUCCAGAUUAUAUCAGAACUCCUCCUGGGAACGUGGCUCCUUGCUCAGUACCCUGAAGUUUCUCUGCGAUGAACUGAUAAAUCGGAACCAUGGUGCAAAAGAAGUUCUGCCCUCGGUUACUUGACUAUCUCGUGAUCGUAGGGGCGAGGCACCCAAGCAGUGACAGUGUGGCUCAGACUCCUGAACUGCUGCGGAGGUACCCGCUAGAGGAUCACCCAGAGUUUCCCCUGCCCCCAGAUGUGGUGUUCUUCUGCCAGCCAGAGGGAUGUCUGAGUGUGCGGCAGCGGCGGAUGAGCCUUCGGGAUGAUACCUCUUUUGUCUUCACCCUAACCGAUAAGGACACCGGAGUCACCCGCUAUGGCAUCUGUGUCAACUUCUACCGUUCCUUCCAAAAGCGAAUGCCAAAGGAGAAGGUGGAAGGCGGAGCAGGACCCCGUGGGAAGGAAGGAGCUCACGCACCCAGUGCCUCAGAAGAGGCUGCGGCUGGGAGCUCGGAGACUGGCUCAACCUUGCAGCCGCCUAGUGCCGACUCUACUCCUGAUGUAAACCAGUCUCCUCGGGGCAAACGUAGGGCAAAAGCGGGCAGCCGCUCCCGCAACAGUACCCUGACAUCCCUGUGUGUGCUUAGCCACUACCCUUUCUUCUCUACCUUCAGAGAGUGUCUGUAUACUCUCAAACGUCUGGUAGACUGCUGUAGUGAACGGCUGCUAGGCAAGAAACUGGGCAUCCCUCGAGGUGUACAAAGGGACACCAUGUGGCGAAUCUUUACUGGGUCGCUGCUAGUGGAGGAGAAGUCCAGUGCCCUUCUGCAAGACCUUCGAGAGAUCGAGGCCUGGAUCUAUCGGUUGCUACGCUCCCCGGUGCCUGUCUCUGGGCAGAAGCGAGUGGACAUUGAGGUCCUGCCCCAGGAACUCCAGCAGGCGCUGACAUUUGCUCUUCCAGACCCAUCUCGAUUUACCCUAGUAGAUUUCCCUCUUCACCUCCCCUUGGAACUUCUGGGUGUGGACGCUUGUCUUCAGGUGCUAACCUGCAUCCUGUUGGAGCACAAGGUGGUGCUGCAGUCUCGAGACUACAAUGCACUUUCCAUGUCUGUGAUGGCGUUUGUGGCAAUGAUCUACCCCCUGGAGUACAUGUUCCCGGUCAUCCCGCUGCUUCCCACCUGCAUGGCAUCAGCAGAGCAGCUACUCUUGGCUCCAACCCCAUACAUCAUUGGAGUUCCUGCCAGCUUCUUCCUCUACAAGCUAGAUUUCAAAAUGCCCGAUGAUGUGUGGUUAGUGGAUCUGGACAGCAAUAGGGUGAUUGCCCCCACCAAUGCAGAAGUGCUCCCCAUCCUACCAGAACCAGAAUCAUUAGAGCUGAAAAAACACUUAAAGCAGUUCCUGAAGGCCCUAGCCAGCAUGAGUCUCAACACCCAGCCCAUUCUUAACCUGGAGAAGUUCCACGAGGGCCAAGAGAUCCCGCUUCUCUUGGGAAGGCCAUCUAAUGACCUUCAGUCCACACCUUCCACUGAAUUCAACCCGCUCAUUUAUGGCAAUGAUGUAGAUUCAGUCGAUGUUGCAACGAGAGUGGCCAUGGUACGUUUCUUCAACUCUGCUAACGUGCUGCAGGGCUUUCAGAUGCACACACGUACCCUGCGACUCUUCCCCCGGCCUGUGGUAGCUUUCCAAGCUGGCUCCUUUCUGGCUUCACGUCCCCGGCAGACUCCCUUUGCUGAGAAACUGGCCAGGACUCAAGCUGUGGAGUAUUUUGGAGAAUGGAUCCUGAACCCUUCUAACUAUGCCUUCCAGCGGAUUCACAACAACACGUUUGAUCCAGCCCUUAUUGGUGACAAGCCAAAGUGGUACGCUCACCAGCUGCAGCCCAUCCAUUAUCGUGUCUAUGACGGCAACUCUCAGCUGGCCGAGGCCCUGAGCGUGCCACCGGAGCGCGAGUCUGACUCUGACCCCACGGAGGACAGUGGCAGUGAUAGUCAGGAUUAUGAUGACUCAAGCUCUUCUUACUCCUCCCUUGGGGACUUCGUCAGUGAAAUGAUGAAAUGUGACAUCAAUGGCGACACUCCCAAUGUGGAUCCUCUGACGCAUGCAGCCCUGGGAGAUGCCAGUGAAGUGGAGAUUGACGAGCUGCAGCCCCAGAAGGAGGGAGAGGAGCCCGGUCCAGACAGUGAGAACUCUCAGGAAAACCCUCCACUGCGCUCCAGCUCCAGCACCACGGCCAGCAGCAGCCCCAGCACCGUUGUCCACAGUGCCCAUUCUGAAGCUGCUGACUCUACAGAGAUGGGAGAUAAGGCCACAGCAGGCAUCUCCAAGCCCCUCCCUCCCGUGCCUCCCAGCAUUUGCAAAUCUACUGUGGACAGGAGACAGACAGAGACUGGAGAGGGGUCAGUGUGCCAGCGAACCUAUGACAAUCCAUACUUCGUGUCCCAGUAUGGCUUCCCCCCUGAGGAAGAUGAGGAGGAGCAGGGGGAAAGCUACACUCCCCGGUUCAGCCAGCAUGUCAGUGGCAGCCGGGCUCAAAAGCUGCUGCGGCCCAACAGCUUGAAGCUGGCAAGUGACUCAGAUGCAGAGUCAGAUUCGAGGGCAAGCUCUCCCAACUCCACUGUCUCUAACACCAGCACCGAGGGCUUCGGGGGCAUCAUGUCCUUUGCUAGCAGCCUGUAUCGGAACCAUAGUACAAGCUUCAGUCUUUCAAACCUCACACUGCCCACCAAAGGUGCCCGAGAAAAGACUACACCAUUCCCCAGCCUGAAAGUAUUUGGGCUAAAUACUCUAAUGGAGAUUGUUACUGAAGCCGGCCCUGGGAGUGGUGAAGGAAACAGGAGGGCCUUAGUGGACCAGAAGUCAUCUGUCAUUAAACACAGCCCAACCGUGAAAAGAGAACCUUCAUCACCACAGGGCCGGUCCAGCAACUCUAGCGAGAACCAGCAGUUCCUGAAGGAAGUGGUCCACAGUGUGCUGGACGGCCAAGGAGUGGGCUGGCUCAAUAUGAAGAAGGUACGCCGGCUGCUGGAGAGUGAGCAGCUUCGAGUCUUUGUACUGAGCAAGCUGAAUCGCGCAGUGCAGUCAGAAGAUGACGCCCGGCAGGAUGUCAUCCAAGAUGUGGAGAUCAGCCGGAAGGUGUACAAGGGGAUGCUAGACCUCCUCAAGUGCACAGUGCUCAGCCUCGAGCAGUCCUAUGCCCACGCAGGUCUGGGUGGCAUGGCCAGCAUCUUUGGACUUUUGGAGAUUGCCCAGACCCACUACUAUAGUAAAGAACCAGACAAACGGAAGAGAAGUCCGACAGAGAAUGUAAAUACCCCAGUUGGCAAGGAUCCCGGUCUGGCUGGGCGGGGGGACCCAAAGGCAAUGGCCCAGCUAAGGGUCCCUCAGCUGGGCCCUCGGGCACCAAGUGCUACAGGAAAGGGUCCUAAAGAACUGGAUACCAGAAGUUUAAAGGAAGAGAAUUUUGUAGCAUCUGUUGAAUUGUGGAACAAGCACCAGGAAGUGAAAAAGCAAAAGGCUUUGGAAAAACCGAGGCCAGAGAGCAUCAAGCCCAUCUUUGACCUGGGAGAAACAGAGGAGAAAAAGUCCCAGAUGAGUGCAGACAGUGGUGUGAGCCUGACAUCUGCCUCCCAGAGGACUGAUCAAGACUCUGUCAUCGGUGUGAGUCCAGCCGUUAUGAUCCGAAGCUCAAGUCAGGAUUCUGAAGUUAGCACGGUGGUGAGUAAUAGUUCGGGAGAGACCCUUGGAGCUGACAGUGACCUGAGCAGCAAUGCAGGUGACGGUCCAGGAGGCGAAGGCAGCGCCCACCUGGCAAGUCCCCGGGCCACUCUGUCUGACAGUGAAAUUGAAACCAAUUCUGCUACAAGCACCAUCUUUGGUAAAGCCCAUAGCUUGAAGCCAAAGGAGAAGCCGGCUGGCAGUCCGAUUCGCUCUUCCGAAGACGUAAGCCAGCGAGUCUAUCUCUAUGAGGGACUACUAGGAAGGGACAAAGGAUCCAUGUGGGACCAGCUAGAGGAUGCCGCUAUGGAGACCUUUUCUAUGAGCAAAGAACGUUCUACUUUAUGGGACCAAAUGCAGUUCUGGGAAGAUGCAUUCUUAGAUGCCGUCAUGUUGGAAAGAGAAGGAAUGGGUAUGGACCAGGGUCCUCAGGAAAUGAUCGACAGGUACCUGUCCCUAGGGGAACACGACCGGAAGCGCCUGGAGGAUGAUGAAGACCGCUUGCUGGCCACACUUUUACACAACCUCAUAUCCUAUAUGCUGCUGAUGAAGGUGAACAAGAAUGACAUCAGGAAGAAAGUACGGCGCCUAAUGGGAAAGUCUCACAUUGGGCUGGUAUACAGCCAGCAAAUCAAUGAGGUGCUCGAUCAGCUGAACAACCUGAAUGGACGUGACCUCUCCAUCCGGUCCAGCGGCAGCCGGCACAUGAAGAAGCAGACAUUUGUUGUGCAUGCAGGGACGGACACAAAUGGAGAUAUCUUUUUCAUGGAAGUGUGUGACGACUGUGUAGUGUUGCGUAGUAACAUUGGGACGGUGUACGAGCGCUGGUGGUAUGAGAAGCUCAUCAACAUGACCUACUGUCCCAAGACCAAGGUCCUGUGCUUAUGGCGUAGAAAUGGCUCUGAGACACAGCUCAACAAGUUCUAUACCAAGAAGUGUAGGGAGCUGUACUACUGUGUGAAGGACAGCAUGGAACGUGCUGCUGCCCGACAACAAAGCAUCAAACCUGGGCCUGAGCUAGGCGGUGAGUUCCCUGUGCAGGACAUGAAGACUGGAGAAGGUGGCUUGCUUCAAGUCACCCUGGAAGGGAUCAAUCUCAAGUUCAUGCACAACCAGGAGCGGAAGGUUUUCAUAGAGCUGAAUCACAUUAAAAAGUGCAAUACAGUUCGAGGCGUCUUUGUCCUGGAAGAAUUUGUUCCUGAAAUUAAAGAAGUGGUGAGCCACAAGUACAAGACGCCAAUGGCCCACGAGAUCUGCUACUCUGUGUUGUGUCUCUUCUCGUAUGUGGCCGCAGUGCGUAGCAGUGAAGAAGAUCUCCGAACCCCACCUCGGCCUGUCUCUAGCUGAUAGAGGGGUUACACAGCUGGCCCGGCCCAAGGGUCACCCCUCACCUCAUGCUGCUCCUAAGCACCGAAGCUGCUGUACUGAGACGGGAAUGAUGUGUGUGUGUUCUCAGCAAGCUCCUUCCCACGGUCUAGCUGGUCUCCUCUUAAUGUCUGAGUGUCUUUGUGCUCCUCUGUCACGGGGCUAAGCUAGUCUCAUUACCUUCUCUCCCUACAAUAGCAGACUAGUCUUCUGUCCCCUCAGGGCUCCAGUGUGUGUGUGUGUGUGUGUGUGUGUGUGUGUGUAUGUGUGUCUGUCUGUCUGUCUGUCUGUCUGUCUGUCUGUCUGUGGGGUCACUGUGAGCCCACUAUUGCCUGUCCUUGAGAUGUUGCACUGUGGUCCCUGUCCUAGUCCUUAUAUCCUCCAGUUUAGGGGUCUUCUCUCUGUCCUCUAUGAUCUGGCACUGUGGAGCACCUGGGACAGUUCCACUCUGGGAAGUGAGGACACCUGGGGACAAGCCUUCCUGGCUGAGGGCCUGAGGGGAGGAGGGGAGGUUCAAAGGAAGCUCAGUAAAUGGCGACCUUCCUGCUUCCUCACAGUUCCUAAACUGUGGGUGCAGGCCAUGCUGCUGCCUGCCCCGGCUCCAUCGAUGGGUGUCCCUGAGUGGCUGCCAUGUGCCGAGCUGGGAUUUGUGCAGUGGUCUUCCUGGACUUUGGCAUGAGAGGACAGAGGAAUGAGGCGAUGGUGUCCCAGACAGCACCAGCUGCUCUGCUGCCUAAGGGCCUGGGAUGGGUGGGUCAGGGCUGAGCUGGGCCCAGCGUGCAUGCCUGUCUGCAGGCAGAGUCUCCUGGCUUCAGUGCCAGAAGAAAGCUAUGGACUGGAUAGGAGAAGAAUGUAAAUAUAUCAGCUCCACAUUAUUUAUAGAAAAAUGUACAGCUGUGUGAUGUGAAAUAAAUGUCCUGA